CCUGUAGAAGCCUAUACUGCCGGCGCCAUCUUAGGUCGCUGGUUGGGUCAUAUCAUUCGCCUUGGCCACCCGGUGGUAGUACGUACGAGCUCUUGCGGGUGCCCACCCGACGAAUGGACUUCGAUUCAGCAGCUUCCGGUGUCCUCGAUCGUUGAUGCCACAAUUCUCGAUUCUUUAGCCUCAAGUCUCACCUACUCUGGCACUACUGCGUUGAUUCGGCCCCAUUAUAUGGUCACAUAA